AUGGCUGCCAUACCAAACUUACGGAGAUUGUUCCCAAGGGAGAGGAGGUGCGACGGGAAAGGGAGAGGAAAGGACUUUAUUGAGGCAACAAGGGAGCCUGGUGUUACCUUCUUGAUGGCGAAGUUUGAUGGUAUCUUGGGGCUUGGAUUUCGUGAGAUCUCAGUGGGAGAUGCUGUUCCCGUCUGGGACAACAUGAUGAAACAAGGCCUUAUCAAGGAGCCUGUAUUUUCCUUCUGGCUAAACCGCCAUGUGGAUGAAGAGGAAGGUGGUGAGAUUGUGUUCGGAGGUGUUGAUCCAAAUCAUUUCAAAGGAAAGCACACUUAUGUUCCCGUGACUCAGAAAGGUUAUUGGCAGUUUGACAUGGGAGAUGUUAUCAUUGGCGGCAAACCCACUGGUUAUUGCGGACGUGGUUGUUCAGCAAUAGCAGAUUCAGGAACUUCCCUGCUGGCAGGUCCAACGACUGUGGUUGCCAUGAUAAAUAAAGCAAUUGGAGCUUCUGGAGUUGUUAGCCAGCAAUGCAAGACUGUCGUUUCACAGUAUGGACAAACCAUCCUUGAUUUGCUAAUGGCUGAGGCUGGACCAAAGAAGAUCUGCUCUCAAAUUGGGCUCUGCACAUUCGAUGGAACCAAAAGUGUUAGCAUGGGCAUCGAGAGUGUUGUGAAUGAAGGCGAUGAGAGGUCAUCUGGAGCUGUCAAUGAUGCCAUGUGCUCCGCAUGUGAAAUGGCAGUUGUUUGGAUGCAGAACCAGGUGAUGCAGAAUCAGACACAAGAACGCAUUCUGCAAUACGUUGAUGAGCUCUGUGAUCGAAUGCCGAAUCCUAUGGGAGAAUCUGGCGUCGAAUGUGGAAGCGUUUCUUCCAUGCCAACUGUUUCCUUCACCAUCGGAGGCAAAGUUUUCGACCUCCGACCAGAAGAGUACAUUCUGAAGGUGGGCGAGGGCACUGCUGCUCAGUGCAUCAGUGGGUUUACUGCUCUGGACAUUCCUCCUCCGAGAGGCCCCCUCUGGAUACUGGGAGAUGUUUUCAUGGGACGCUACCACACGGUGUUUGACUACGGGAACAUGCAAGUCGGAUUUGCGGAAGCGGCUUAGCAGGAUAACUGCUAGUCCGUGCUUAUGUAGUAGUAUUGAAAGUUGGUGCUGGCUUGUUGAACUGUGUAAUAAAGUUGAAGG